AAGAGAAAUGGAGAUGGAGAUGGGAAAGGGCUGGGAACCGACCGGUAAAGAAAUGUGAAAUGAAGAUGAAACUGUUUGAGAAAAUCAUUCAAUGCGAUUGUGAAGCGAAAAGGGUGUCUGACGAGCAAUUUGUUAAUCAACUAUGAUAAAUUGUGGACAGAUCCCAAAGAAAACAGCGGGGUUCCGCUGGGAAAUUGUCAAGAAAUAAAAGUUGUAAACAGAUCGAAUGAAGAUGACGGAAGCCGAGUGACGCGCGUUGAGGCGUCGUGGCAUAUUCCCAAGAACAUAAGCGAAUGUUCACACGAGCCCAGUGUAAGUGUCCGCCCACCGAGCCGCGUGGGCGCGAACUACCUCUCUGGUGCGGUUCUACUGUUCAUAGACAAUGGCUAUGGCCACGAGAGGAGUCGGGGAUGACCGCCACACUGCACGGCCUGCGAGGAGGAGGGAAGAUCUGGCGUCGACGCCUGGCUAAGUGUCACCCCGUGGUCCCCUUGGCAGGAUCGCUGGUGCUGGCGACGUUCUUUGUGGUGGUCAUCAACAGACAUCCUCGUUUAAGCCAGGUUUUAACAAAUAACUCGAAAGAGGAGUUACUGCAGGUGAGUUAUCCUGAACUUUUGCACCGCCUGCGAGGACCUCUGAGUGCCGAUGAUCCACAGGUGGUGUCCGAGUUGUUUAGCCGCCAUCUGCUGCCUCCUUCUACGCUGCCUUACAACCUCACAGGCUCCUUCGACCAAGGGAUAAGGAAGUUCAGUUGGCCGUUCAUUCACAGAUACGUGGAACACUUCUUCCGCGAGCAGAGGCUCGGGUUCUUCGUGGAGGCCGGAGCUCUGAACGGAGAGCUGCUGUCCAACACCCUGUGGCUGGAGCGCAGCAACAACUGGACGGGGUUGCUGGUGGAGCCAACGGCCGUGACCUUCCGCUACCUCGUUUGGAAAAGACGACGCGCCUGGACCUCCAACACUUGCCUGUCAUCCACCACGUACCCGCGAGAGGCGGUCUUUGAGGCGACGGCGCAGAAGAAGGGCGAAAUAGCCUACCCUUGGUUCUACCGAGCAGAAAACUUCGAGAUCAACCCUGCGGGCUCGGGGAACUUUGACUGGCUGCUGGGGUCGUGGUCUCAGGAGUACACCGUGGCGCAGUGCUUUCCCCUGUGGUCGUACCUCCUCGCUCUCAACACGACGACGGUGGACUUCUUUUCUCUAGACACCCAAGGGGGUGAGUGGGACAUCUUGAAGACGAUUCCCUUUGAUAAAGUGAAAAUAAGGGCAAUUGUUGUCGAACAUUACAUCAAGAGACAACAAGGCAAGUACGACCCGAGUUUCGUUAGCUACAUGGAAGGGACCGGGUACCAUCUGGUAGACUGUGACGAAGAUCCGAAUUACUUCUUUAUUCUCAAGAGCGAUGUAAAACUUUACCAGAAACUUAAACUUUUAAAAGAUACUGGCAUUGGUGAUUCUUGUAAGAAAAAGCUGGCUUGACGAAAAAGGUCAUAGUAAAAGUGGUUAUAUAAAGAAUGCGUUUCGCUACUCUUUUUGGUCAGUGUAUGAAGGGCAAAAAUGUAUUAAUGAAUCAAUAAAUGUUCCUCUUGAAGGGAUUAUU